AUGCUGACCGAAUUCGACAAAACAUGUGGAUGCAUCAGUCUUCAGCUGAAUCUACAAAAGACGAUGUUCAUGCGGAACGGAUGUGUCUCGGAUGCCCCAUUCACGCUCAACGGAACGGACAUAUCCGAAUGCACCAGCUACGUUUAUCUGGGUCGGGAAUUGAACAUGAUGAACGACUUGACCCUCGAGCCGGGCAGGAGGAGACGAGCGGCUUUGGGAGCAUACAAGAGCAUCGAGGAUGUAGUGAAGAAGACCAGGAACACCCGGCUCCCUCUCCGGUACCACCAUACUUCCUGCUUUGACUUAUGCUUCGGAAACCUGGGCAUUUCGCAAGCAGGAAGAAAACGCGGUGAGCGUAAUUGA